AUGCAUACAUCAAUAGAACAAGCACUGCAACGCUUCUGGGAAUUAGAGAACAUUGGAAUCACGGACACACCAGAUAAGAACGAGUCCAGUGAUAAAGUCAAGAUACUGAGUAGCAACCCAGAACUUUUGAAGAAAUACAGUGAGAUAAUCGAGGAACAGGAACGAAAAGGAUUCAUAGAAAAGGUUCCAGAGGAUACAACAACGUCCUCUGUGGUACAUUAUAUUCCACACCACUAUGUCAAAAAAGAUUCCAGCACCACACCUAUCAGGAUAAUAUAUUACUGUAGCUGCCGCGAAUCACGUGACAAGCCGAGCCUUAACGACUGCUUGGAUUCAACGCAACUCAUCUUAAAUGAUUUGACAUCAGUUCUGACAAGAUUUCGAUUACACGAAUUUGCUAUAACCACUGAUAUUGAAAAAGCAUUUCUGCACUUUGGUUUACAUGAGAAUGACCGAGAUGCAACGAGAUUCCUUUGGUUGAAGGACCCGAAUGAUCUCAACAGUUCAUUAGUGCCUUACCGUUUCAAAGCAGUGCUGUUUGGAGCCACUUGCUCCCCAUUUAUCUUAAAUGCGACAAUUCUGAAGCAUCUGCAGAACAAGAACUCUACAAGUGCAGGUAUUCUGAGGAGAGAUCUGUGUGUGGAUAACGUAAUAUCCAGUUUUGCAAGUGAAACUGAUGCUAUUGAGUACUUUCGGGAAUCAAGGAAGAUCAUGAUGGAUGCAGGAAUGAAACUUAGAUCAUGGGCAUCAAACAGUAAGCUACUUCACACAGAAGCCAUGCAUAAUGGAUUGCACGACUCGGACGAUUUAAAAAAAUUACUAGGAUUACGCUGGGACCCAAUGAACGACAAACUGUCAUUUGCGAAACGAGAAAUACCAAAAAUUGAGACCGUUACAAAGAGAUUGAUACUACAAUACUCAUCACAAAUAUACGAUCCACUUGGUAUCCUGAGCCCAGUCACGGUGAGAGCCAAGAUAUUGUUACAGUCACUUUGGAAACAAAGGUAUGAAUGGGACAACCCAGUACCAGAUGAAAUUUGUAAGACUUGGAAUUCUCUUGCAAAUGAUCUUAACAUCGCAUUAUCAGUUCAAUUUCCGAGGAAAUAUUUUAACAAGGUGGACGGUGAAACAACACUACACAUCUUUGCAGACGCUAGUACAAAGUCUUAUGGAGCUGCUGCAUAUAUCUGCAACAGAAGCGAAUCGAAAUUAGUCAUGGCAAAAAAUACAGUUGCACCACUUAAAUCACUCACAUUUCCACAGUUAGAAUUGAUGGCAGCACUAAAUGUCGCAAGACUAGGAAAUCACCUGCAAAACUCAUUACCAAAAAUGAAUAUUGUCUACUGGUCAGACAGCCAAAUUGUGUUACACUGGUUAUCUAGCAAAAGACUGUUGAAAAAAUUUGUGUCAAGCAGAAUAUUCGAAAUUCGCGAAUUACGUAGUGCAUUCACAUGGAAAUACUGUCCAACACAUGACAACCCUGCUGAUCUUCUGACUCGAGGACUUGACGCAACUUCAUUUAUGAACAGUGCCUUAUGGAAACAUGGACCAUCAUGGAUUUACAACAGAGAGGCAUAG